AUGCCGUCCAUCACAUGCGAGAAAUGCUUCCAUAAGCAAUCCCAAGAGACAACAAGUGAAGCUGUCAUAGCUAGCUUGAUGACCCUGAACGCCUACCUUCUAGCCAUCUUAAACGACCUCGAAAUCCAGUACGGCACCAUCCGUAGCCGGGAAGUUGGGAUUAUUGUUUGCGUGCUGGGAGCAGGUGCCAUACUGGGCAUGCUUGGAAUGGGCUUCUGGAUGCUCUGUCUUAUCCUGCCAUGGACGCUUGGCUGCUGGCAGUUCUGGAAGUGUGUCAGGUGCCUUUUUGAAGGCCUUGUGUACAAGUUGGUGGAUUCUCCUGAACUUGAAAAAGCCAAGAUGGCCGAUUUGGAGGGUUCUGGAUAUCGAGUGAAGCAGAUGCAUUCACAACGUGCUUACAAGACAAAGACUGAUGGAUGCUUCCAGCAAGUUGUGUUCAGACAUCCUCAAUAUCUCCCCUUCAGUCAUUCAAUCAAAAUGACUUUUCCCAAAGGAAUGCGUACAGCCCUUUCCAAAGACCCUCCACAACUCAAUGACGUGGCUACAAGCCCACCGAAGAUGAGAUUUCGACGUGCAGCACGCGAUGCAAGGAUAUACGAAUGGGUCCAAACUAAUCCUACUCCUCGUCCUCGUCCUGUUCCUCCUUCUUUAUUUGCUUCUCAUUCCAACACACAGACGACCCCGGCCUCUGCUAGCCACAAAGCCAACACUACAUCAUUCCUACAAAAAGCAGUGGCAGCAGCAGACAAACACCCGCACGCAAAAGAGACAGACCAAGCUAAGAGUCUCAACAAACUAAGCAAAGCCGUAAAGGGCGACGACGUUGACAACUGCAGUGACAGCAGCGAAAGCAGCCGCAGGGGCUUCCUCAAAUCCAUCGACUGCUGGAACGAUAUCAACGAAAAGGGAGAAGGAGAAACUCCUCAAGACGCCGCGGUGAUGGUGAACAAAUCGACCUUCUCAUCUACAGGCGCUUUGGAGGAUAUCCUGGUACUGAUUUUGUGCGCGUUGCACUGGCUUACUCUCACGAUUAUGGUGUGCAUACUGAGCGGGCUUGUGAUUGUAGCAAGGACGGGAUACAGGGUGGGAUUGCGCGAGGAUCGUGUUUGA